UAAUAUCGAUAGUUCGAUUUUCACUUACAGCGAUUUAUUUGCUCUUGCCGGGCACGUUGCUUUAUCUUCGCCGCCUAACAACUUCUUGGCUGUUUUCCGGAUUCUUGAGUGAACGACCAUGUUCCCGCAACGCAGUUCGGAGGUGUACCGCACUCCGGUGACCCACCAGCCUCCGCCGGCACUCGAGCUGGCCGGAAACCUGGAGUACCCGAACCUCAACGUCGCGGACCUGAACGCGCGAUUGGAGAACCUUUCGCCGCGACUGCAUGACUGCUGGGACAGCAUCGCCAUCAACGAGCACAAGCACUUGGCCCUGGCCACCAACCGACGCGAAGGACGCCACUGGUGGGGCAUGUUCUUCGGCUACGGACGCGACCAGAUGCACCACAUGACCGUGGAGUCGGCGGACUUCAAGCUGCAGGCGGAUCACACGGUGAACAUUGUUCGCUACGCCGAGAAUGAUGUCCUGCUGGUGGCCCUUGGCGAUACGCGACUCCAGGCCUGGUCCACAUAUUCCAAGGUGCGGGAUCCUAAGUCACCCUAUUGCCUCUUCCUCGUGGGCGAGUCCUGCGCGCAUCCCACACCCAUCAGCCAACUGAGCGUCUUCAAGGCGGAUCCCCGCAAGGCCGUUUCGGGCUCAGCGGAUGGCACCCUUAAUGUCUGGGAUCUCUCGGGCGCCGAUCUGGUGAGCUCAUACAGAUCGCGCUGCUCGCACACCGACAAGUUGACUGCACUCGCCACACCCUCAGCUUCGGCCGACAAGUUUGUGACCUGUGAUCGUGGCGGAUGUGCCCGCCUUUGGGAUGUCCGGGCAGCGGCUCCUUCAUCUACGUGCCUCUAUGCAGAUUCCAGCCACUUGCUGAGCUUCACCAGUGCCGCCUGGGCUGCUGCAACGGAGCUUCAGGGUGACAAUAACAUCUAUAUCGGGGACUACGACGGCAAGGUUCAUACUCUGGACAUCCGAGUGCCGCGAAAACUGGCGGAAUCCAGGGAAUACUUCGACAAGGGCCAUGUCUCCCAGUUAAUAAUCAAUGGGCCCUAUCUGGCUGCCAUGAGCAAUUUGCCAGCCUCUGUAAAAGUGGCCAAUGUGCAGGCGGGCCAUGAGUUCAUCUACACGCACGAGGAAACCCAUUCUCGCCUUACAGAUGCAGUUUGGACCGAUGAUAGCACCCUCAUCACCAUCGGACAUGGUCGUAAAAUGGUGGCGCAUGCCAUUAAAUAAUUUUGCUGGAGGCCCUGUGAUUUCAUAGAUUUUUUUGCAUUUAUUCUUUUUAUCACUUAAGUUUCCAUUGUAUACACCAAGCACCUUGGCUUGGCCGAGGUGCUACGACUUUAGCUGGUACCACACUUUUUUUAUUUAACUUUAUAUGAAUCUUAAUGUAUAUAAGUAGACGAACCAAAUCAUUGUUGCGGCAUUGCAAAGA